AUGUCACAAGCAGCAACUGCAGGAGCCAGCAACUCAACAGUCCAUGCUCAAUCGAAUGAACAAAAGCCAUUAAAGCAAAGACCACAGCAUCUCUGUAUAAGGCCUCUGACGAUAUAUGAUCUUGUUCAAGUAGAAAAACUUGAAGAAAGUGCAUUUGAUGAUGCCGAGAGGGCCGACAGGGAGAAACUCAAGUACAGGCUAACUGUAUGUCCAGAACUCUGUUCCGGUUUAUUCAUCCGUGAGUUCGAGGACAUUUCUUCCGAGGCAUUGGAACAGCAAAAGCAUAAAGCCGAGAUCGAGCUUAAGGGCAAGAAGUUGAACAAAGAAAAAAAGCUUGGAAACCAUAAAGAAGAAGAUGAUGAUGACAGUGAUGAAGAAAGCGAGGAUGAGGAUUUCAUACUUCCGCCUCCUAGGUCUACCGUGAAGAAGGAGACCCUUAUUGGUCACGUGAUAGGUACAAAAAUUUAUGAUAACAGAAUAACAGAGAGGUCUAUGGCAAUUCCAAAGCUCACCAAGGAUGACUUACCAGAUCCUUCCGUUCCUGGAAACAGCAAGGUGGGACAUGUUGAGGGAUCACGUAUCAUUGGUAUUCAUUCUGUUGUCAUAGAUCAGCAUUACAGAGGUUUGAAGCUAGGAUCACUUCUCUUGAAAGAUUAUCUCCAGAAGAUGAACCAGCAAUGUGUUGCAGACAAAGUUGUUUUAAUUGCCAAGCAGAAGUUAGUUCCCUUCUACAAGAGUGUCGAGUUCGUUGACGAUGGUAUUAGUGAUUGUAAAUAUGCUGGUGUUGAGUGGCACGAUCUCCAUUGUGUUCUCACACACCAAGAGGAUGAUGAAGAUAUGUAA